AUGUACGCCGAACACGCGGAUACACACAUACGAAUUGAUACAGAUCUGUCCCGCGUACAUGUCCGCCGUACAGAUCCGCCGUACAUAUCCGCAUCUUUGCUCAUACAAGGGGGUAUCAGUCUGGAGGAAAUUUUUAGUUUAUUUGCAAAGUUUGGCGACACGAAGAGCGAUGGAAAGGUGAUCACUCUAACUAACGCCGACAAAUGGUUGAAGCAAGCCCAAGUUGUCGAUGGCAAGAAAAUGACGACCACCGAUACUGGAAUAGCCUUUAAUAAAUUAAAAUCGAAAACGAUCACAUUUAAACAAUUUAUGGAGUUUAUUGAGGAUCUAGCGAAAUCUAAAAACAUGAAUGUCGAGGAAAUUAAGACCAAACUUCUAGCGUGCAGUAUACCUGGUGGCCAUGGAGUUACGCAAACUGUGCAUGUGGGCGGAGUGGAUCGUCUUACGGAUACGUCACAAUAUACGGGAAGCCAUAAAGAGCGCUUUGAUGAAAGUGGUAAAGGCAAAGGAAAAGAGGGAAGAGAGGACAUUCAUGAUGACAGAGGAUACGUGACAGGCUACAAAAAUAAAGAUACCUACGACAAAACCCACAAAUGAACAUAUCUUGGCCAUCCAAAUAAAUUACUA